AUGAACUAUAAGAAGAGCUCCCUCAUUAAUCCACAAAACUAUCACACUCAUGAGAAAGUAUGGGAAGAGGAAGAGAAACAAGUGAUGGCUCAAGCCCUAGAAGAAGCACUGAACUGCAAAAAGUGCCCUCUCAAUAUCACAGAAGCCACAAUGAAUACAGAUAUUGAACAAGGGAACUACAUCACAGCCAACUAUCCCCCAUUUUUCCCAAAUACAAACACAAGAGAUGAAAAUAUCUCCCCCCUCGACACAACCACUCCAAACAAAAGCCUAUCCCACUGGAAAGUCAUCUCCGAGCUCCAACGCCAACGCUACUACCAUAUCGUUGAGCAUGGCCUCGACGCUCUCAAUAGCGAAACCACAGACCCCAAUCUCGCACUCCUCUUCGCCCAUUACCAGGUAGACUAUCACAUCCGCCAACACUACCUCGCCUGCAGAGGUGUCUUAACACUCUGCCGCGAUGCAACGGACAUGCAGAGUCUCCGAAAGUGGCAAUGGCGUAUGGACAGGAUAGAUACUAUGCCCGACGAAAACCAAGCCCGACCGAAAGGUCCUCGACCACUUGGUUGGCCGAACGAUGAGAAUCUAGAAAUGGCUCAUCAAGUGCAGUUGUGGAAAAAAUCAUGGAGAGCGAGACAGAAGCAUCUUGAAGAAGUUCGGGCGAGGUGGGCGGUUAUUAUGGAGGAGAGGCGGAGGCAGAGAGAGCUGUUACUUGCGAAGCAGGCUUCGACGUUUAUGGUGCGGUUGUAUUUCGGUGGGGAGUUGUGUGAGUUGAGGGAGUUGGAGAGGAAGGUUUAUCCUGAGACUGUUAGGUUGGGAAGGAGUACGCAGAGUUUGGGAUUUUGA